CAUUUACCGGAAGGGUCGGUGUUUACAGAGCAGCUUUCGCUACAUGUUGGGUAUACGUUAGAGUCGCACGAAACUGCGAGCAAAUUAAUCAGUGACUGUGACACAUUUUUAUAUAUUUUUUGAUAUACUGGUUGCAUGUAUGGCACACUCCAGUGAAUAUGAUUGUUAGGGGGCGGGGAAGCUAUCGGGACGCAUAACAAUGACAAACUGGCUAACGUAGCUCUGAGGUUAGCCAGCUAGGCGACUAACAGCACCUGCUAACUUCUCACAAACCCGUUCAUCCAGUGCAGUGAAACAGGUAUCAGUACGUCAGCGUUGGCACUCUCGUUGCCACAUAUCACGUUUGACUCGCUUGGCUUAUGUCCCCGUGUCCCCACAUUGACCUGCUGGUCCAGGGAGGAGCGCGGCCAUGGGAGCGGAGAGCAGCGCUGUGCGGGGCUUUACCCUGGAGGAGCCCCUCCUGACACUACCCUCUGGGCUCACCAUGUACUCGGCGGUGCUUCAGGAUGGAAAGCCUGCCUCUGUAUUUGUCCACAAGCGGGGCAAUGAAGACAAAGUCAACAAAGCUGCUAAGCACCUGAAGACACUGAGGCAUCCGUGUCUGCUGCGCUUCCUCUCAUGCUCAGUGCAGGAUGGCGGCAUCCACCUGGUAACAGAACAUGUGCAGCCCCUGGAGCUGCUGCUGGAGAAUAUGUCCCCAGAGGAAAUCUGUGCAGGCAUCUAUGACCUUCUGCAGGCACUUGUGUUUCUGCAUGAGAGGGGGAAAUCCACCCACAACAACGUCUGUAUUUCAUCUGUAUUUGUCAGUGAAGAUGGUCAUUGGAAACUGGGAGGGAUGGACACUGUCUGCAAGUUCUCUGAAGCAACUCCUGAGUUUCUCACAAGCAUUAAGAAUGCAAGAGAGGCCAGCUGUGUUCCUCCUGAAGAGCAGGGUGAGGACUUCAAAAUCCUUCCGGAUAAACAUGCUCACUCUCGGGAUUGUUAUUCUUUUGGAAUGAUGGUGGAAGCCUUUAUUCCUCUCCUGAAUGGCUAUGUGUCGCAGGAGCGGUCGGACAGCUUGACAAAGACCCUGCAGGCAGGCCUGCUGAACUCCGACCCCUUAUCUCGACCUCCACUCAGCUCUUUACUGACUCACGACUUUUUCAGGAAUGACUUUUUGGAAGUGAUGAAUUUUCUGAAAAGCCUGACCCUGAAAACAGAAGAGGAAAAGAAUGAAUUCUUUAAGUUUCUUCUGGACCGGGUCCAGAGCCUCCCUGAAGAGCUGAUAGCUGCACGUCUUGUCCCCAAACUCCUCAACUCUCUUGUAUUUGCAGAACCCAUGGCAGUCAAAAGCUUCCUGCCUCAUCUUCUAAGGCCAAAGAAGGAUCCCAGUGGUGGUGGUAACAGUGAAGACUGCCUGCUGUCUGUGUCCCUUUACCGUAAACACGUGAUUCCUCAGCUACUGAAACUAUACAAAGUAAACGAGGAACAUGUCCGGAUUGUGCUGCUGGCUCACAUUCACAUCUACUCUGAGUUCUUCUCCCAUGAAGAACUCAAGAACCAGAUCCUACCUCAGGUUUUGCUGGGAAUGAGAGACACAAAUGAUUCUCUGGUUGCCUUGACGCUGCAGAGUCUGGCGGUGUUGGUGCCCCUGUUGGGGGCUCAAGUGGUCGUUGGUGGAGAGCGAACCAAGGUCUUUAAACGCACCACACCCAACUUCACCAAGUCUACAGAGGUCACCCCUGAAACUUCACCUGUACAUAUAAUUGGAGGUUCCCACCCUCAGAUGGCCCAGCCUUCCAAAGUAUUGACCUUGUUCCCCAAAGGUUCAGGGACUGAUGGCUUGGUCCUCGGUCAUACGACUAGUUUUGUAGGUACAAGGGAGACCCCAAGGGAUACCACGCCAAUAUCAGGUGUAAAUAGACAGAAGAUGAUUCUACCUUUGAAUGGCUUUGGUCAGGACAGUGAGAUGGAGCCACUAUCCUACAGCCCAGAGAAGGCUGAAAGACUGAGAGGCGCAGUGGAAGACUGGCCUGACUGGAGUGACCCUGAGGAGAGCGAGAGUAAAGAUGGACAGCCAGUCCAGAUCAACAUUCAGUCCUCAGUGAGAGCAGAUCCAGUCAGCAGCGGACUCACACAUCGCAACACAGCAGAAGAGCCGUGGGAUGACUUUGAGGAAACUGAACCUACCUCAGACCUCUCCCCUACAGCUCCUUUAUCAGACCCAGUCGUACUUCCACCGCCACAAGGGGGCACUCCAACUACACCUGCACAACACGCGCCUGAAGCACUGAGGCUGCCUUCUUCUAAACCACUUAAAUUGACCUCAGUGAUACGACAAUCAACACAGGACAAGACCACUUCCUCGUGGGAUAAUGGCUGGGCUAAAGAGGAGAGAGACUCUGAAAAAUCCCCCAGUCCAUUAAAACUUAAGCCCAAACCCACAGUGCCACAAAAAAUCGGUGAAAAAGGGAGCCUGGGGGAGGAGUUCACCAUCAAGGUGAAGAAAAAGGUAGAGGAAGACCCAGAGCUGGAUUUAUUUGCAGACAUGGUGCCAGACAUCAAGUUGUCCUCUCCAGCUCUGCUGCUACUAGAAGAGAGUAAUGUUGGACAGUCUCCAGCCUCUCCAGAAGACACUAACUCUCAGCAGGUUGACCCAUCCAUUGACACUUUAACGCUUACUGCCAAGUUUGCAGCGUACAACUUGAUGGAGACUGAAACGGAUGGCUGGGGAGAUGGAGAGGACCUGAACUGGGAGGACGAAAAUGUCUGGUGAUGACAAUUAAUCACCGGAGAACUUAAAUCCAUGCACCACAUCUGCCAGGUCACAACAGAGCAGUAAACUGGAAGUAGCUUUUCCAUGUAACAUGAUGCAGUAAGAAUACAAAUGCCGAGGACGGGCUUUUAUGGACUUUUUCUAUUCUGUUGAUUUCCUGACAUUUAUUAUCAGUAUGUUCAUUAUGAGAACUUGGGUUUGAACUGGAAGGAUUGAGUGCAUAUCAUAUGUACUAGAGUUGGACAAAAGAUGCCAUUCAUAAUUAUUUGCCAAUUGAUAUUAGUCAGUUUAAGAUGGCAGAGGUUCUCAAUCACAGGUGAAUGUGAUUGAAUGUGAAUCUGGUUUUCAUUUUCCCUUCUUUUAUUAUUAUUUUUUUUUAAUUGUGCCAACAUCUGGACUGGCAGUGACAUAGAUGAGGUUUUACAACAGAUAAAGGUUUUGGCAACACACGAGUCAGGUUUGAUUAACAGAAGGCUUGCACUUUGAAUGAAUGUGAACUAGGAAUUACAUAAUUUAUUAGUAGCUUUUUGGUUGCUGGUGAAAUAAACAUUUUACAGUAGCAAAUAUGUCACUUUUCUGUUUUACAGCCUAAGAUUUUCUCUACUGUUCUCAAAAGAAACUUGGUGAAGGAAAUAAAGAAAAAAAUGUUUGGUA